AUGCCGGAUUAACAUCAUUUCGAGUCGCGUGCGCACCAAUUCCGCUUCUAGUCACCUAUCUCACUCUCACGCUUGCACGGAAUCUCACGCGGCGAAAAGAAGAUAGAACGUAGCCCGUAGAGUGAAAAUUUGUGAAAAUCGUGACCUGUGUGCAGCAGGAUCAGAGAAUGGAAUUUCCUUUCAACGAUUACGAAUGAGCGAAUUACUUCAUGAUUUAGCCUUCAAAUUUUGUGCAAUUUCCACGAAUACAUGGAAUUAGUUUUCAAAUUAUUAAAUUAGUUUCAAAUUGUACUAUUUUUUUUAGGAAAGUGAUAGUCAAAGUGCUUUUUUAGGCAAUAUAUCAAAAGUUAAGUGGUUAACGACGCAAAAAUAGCUGAAGCGAAUAGUGCCCUAGAAAAUGAUUCAUGCUAAACGUUUUCCUUACUAGCAUCUAUUUUGCAGUAACGUGAGUAGUGAAAUCAAGUUUGUUCUAAUUGAAGAAAAUAUGUAGUGUCAAGUGGAGAUUUUUUGCACUAGCUGUAGCUACCAUAAUAGUGAAAAAUCUGUUUCACGGUCACACUGCUGCGAGUCUGGUGCAUACCUGUGAAUUGUAAGAUAUGACAGCCCUUCAAAGCCUGUGAAAAAUCGAUGUAUUCUAAACUAUAGGGAGCUGCAGAGGAUCUAUUUGAAAAAUUGGUUUCUUCUUCGUAACGUUUUCUUUUCACUUUGAAGGUGCUAUUUUUAAAUUAUAGCAUAGCAUCUAUAACAGUGGCAGCCGAAAUCGUCAGAAUCUCGCUCUCCUGCUCUAUACUAUUGUUACGCAACCUGCGGUGGUUUGUCGUACUGCUUAAACAUCAUACGCGGGCACGGAGUAACGCUGUUUUUCGCGGUCACCGCCAUCCCAGUUAAUUCGAGGGGGAUGGCCUAAUGAAAAACAACUGUUGUAGUUUUUGGAAUUUCUGUGUGAGUCGAAUUAAGAGUAAGGAAAAAAUUGUUUGCAUGUUUCAUAGGAAGAGUGAUUAUUUAAAAGUUGAAUUAUUUGCUAAAUAAUGUAUUCAAUCAUAAUUUGUGUAUGAGAAAUGGUGGAAACAAAGUGUUAGACAACAAAUUUACCUUUACUACAAAUAACUGCUAAUUGAUUCACGAGAUGUCGCACCUAUUUCCCAGUGCUAAGGGGGACCAGUUAUGUCCCCUAGGUUUUCAUCCCCAGGUUCGCUGGCCAACUCGUUGCAAACGAUGCUUUCGUGACUAUAAAGAGCACGGGAACAAACGAAAUGGGGAAGACAUUACAGCAUCUACACCGGUCCUUUCUGGCUCGUCCCAAUCGCGUCGCGAUGGUGGUAGUAGCACGAGUUUGGACAAACCGGUGCGGAGCUGGACUUCAACCCAAAAUUUGUACCUACCUAGCAAUGACCGACCCCCAGGCGUUCCACCACGACCAGCGUCUUGGGCAUCGACACCCGAUUUAGAUGAUGUUAUGCAGAAUAUGAAGGCAGAUUUCACUGUUAAUUUGACCCUGCCACGGCGGAGACAUACCACUACAUUCGACAAUCUAGAGGAACUGGAAACGACUGUUAUCCUGAAAAGACCUCCACUACCACCCAUUCUGAAGGUAGAACCAAAAAAGGAUGAAACCAAGAAAGAUCUGGAAAAGGCCGAGGACCAAGGAGUUACAAUCGAGAAGGGAGAUUCCCUUGCUGAGCGAGUUCGUAAGAUGAAUUUGAUGAAACGACAAGGUAGUUCGGAACGAGACAGCCGUGAAAGAUCAGUACCACGAAAAGAUGACGAAGAACAAGUGCCGAAAGUUAUUGUAAAAUCACCUAAAGAAAUCGAACCAGAAAAAGUAGAACGUAAGCGCCGUGUUAGACCCAUUCCAGAAAGUUCUGCCAAAGAUCCGCCUAGCAGACCUCAGCUAACUUUAAGUAAAACGACAAUCACAUCAACGAAGGCUCUCACAGGUUCUACAUUGGCACCUGUAAAGGAGAGACAGAGUGCGAAACCAAGUACCAAUGUAGAAGCUACGAAAGAUUCAACAAAGGUAAUUAGGCGUCGGCGUGUCGACACAGGUCCUUUCGACUCCCCAUCAAAACCAGUUAGCACCCCAGCAACAAUAGCACCACCGUUGAUAUCAAAGCCAGAAUCUCUACACAACAGUAGUGAUGACGUGAAGUUCUUGAUUUCCAUAAAGGAUAACAAAUCAAAAUUAGACGAAGACCUCCAUUCGAUCACAACCGAAACAACUGAAACGACAAUCGUAGAUAAUAGUGAUAAUCGUGAACUACAGGAAGAGAUUGAAAGUCUGAGGCGAGAACUGGAGACUGUGAAAGCUCGCUGCGAUCGAGCCGAACGCGAAAAAAGUGAUAUAUUAUUACGUCGAUUAGCUUCCAUGGACACUGGUUCGAAUAAAACGGCAGCUUCAGAGGCACUGAAGCUACAGCAAAAAGUGAACGAGCAAAAGCAGCUUUUAGAAGAUCUUCAAGAUGAGAAGAAGUUUCUGGCUACGAAGGUGAAAGAACUAGAGUCUGAUAUAAAAAUCCGCGGUGCGAAAAAUGUCGAAGAACAGCUUAGACAAAAACUGGAACAGGCUGAAACUUUGUGUGAAGAAUUGAUGGACGAAAAUGAGGAAAUAAAGCGUGAGUUAAGAACCAUGGAAACAGAAAUUGAAGAAAUGCACGAUAACUUCCGUGAGGAUCAAGCUGAUGAAUAUGCUUCGCUGAAAAAGGAACUCGAUCAGACUACUAAAAACUGUAGAAUAUUAUCAUUCAAACUAAAGAAAUCAGAUCGCAAAAUCGAACAACUUGAAACAGAGAAGGCAGCAUUGGGAGUAAACACCGAUCUUGCAGUGAAAGUUAAACAACUGGAGGAGGAGCUGAGAGUCGCCAACGAAGUUUCCCGUCGAUUGCAGUCGGAAUUAGAUCAAGCAGAAUCGAGCCCGUCUACACCGACCAAAAAAACUCCAACGUUGGGUAAAAUAGGUAAAUCUACGUCGGCAGAUAACAAAAUCUCGCGUGCGUCCUUAACCCGUGGUGGGUCCCAAGAAGACCCUGUGCAGUUACUUCGUGAUCUUCAAGAUUCCCUUGAACGAGAGGCUGACUUGCGUGAACAGCUUAAGUACGCCGAAGAAGAAGCGGAAAAUCUUAGACGAAAAUCAUCUAGGGUGGAAGACGACAACGAAUCCCUUUUGAUGCAACUGAAAAAGAUGGCUACGAAGGCGAGAACAAAAAGUUUCUUCAAUACAGGUAGAAAACUCAGCCCAAGUCCACCGAAUCGUCGUCUAACGGCGGAAGGUCCGCUGGAAAAGGACGAAGGAAUCUCCGAUGAAGAUGACCCGGCAGAACUAAGAUUGCAGCUUGAGUUAAACGAACAAGAAACUGCUGUACUGCGACGGAAAAUUGAGGAAUUAGAAAAAGAGAAUAAGCGAAACCGGGAACAUGUUAAAGAACUACAAGAGAGUUUAAUAUCGAAAACGAAGGAAAUAGACAAACAAAGCAAAUUUCCUUCGUUGCUUGGAUCAAAAAGUAAAGAUCCGCUGGAUGGCAAAAAAAUUAAAGUGAUGGAGGAUGAAAUCAGUGAGUUGAGAAAGAAACUGAUCGAAAAAGAUCGGGAAGUUGAGCGCGUGCAAGCAGAACUAAGCCUCAAUAAAACCAAGGGCGGAAAAGCGUUGACAAAGGCAAAACCCUUAGAUACGAGUUUAACAGACCAACAGGUUGCCGAUCUCAAGCGUCAAUUGCAGGUAGUUGAACAGGAAGCUACUGUUUUGCGGAAGAAAACGCAAACCUUAGAACUGGAAAACGAAAAGUACUCUGCUGAAAUGAAGCAGCUGCAGCAAGAGAAAGCAUCCAGUGAAAAUGCUGCUUCAAUCAAGCUGGAAAACACUAUACAAGAUUUACAAAGAGAAAAGAACGAGAUUGAGGGUAAACUGAAGCGAAUCACCGAACAAUCUUCAAUGGGAUUACCAUCUAGAACUCCCAAGUCUCCCACUGAUAUGCAUUCCAAGUUGCAGUUGAAGAGAAUGGUAGAUGAAUGCGAAAGCGAAAUUUCCGAGCUGCGAGCUAUCGUUGGACGCUCUGGAGCAAUGAGUAUUUCUGCUUUGGAAAACGAGAAGAAAAAGCUGCAAGUCGAACUAGCUGAGUCCAAGGAACAACGAAAUAAAUUGGAAGCUGAAAUAAAAAAGCUGGCUGCUCCGAAAGUAUCCGCAGAGUUACAGGCGAUAAAAUUAAACGAGGCCCAACGCACAGUUCACAAGUUGGAAGAUGAAAACAAAAAGCAGAAUGAUAAAAUCAAGGUUCUGGAGGAGAAAAUAAGCAAAAUUACAACGACUAUGAAGGCUUCUGAAUCGAACAAGGUCACACUAGAGACUCAACUAAAGACGGAGAAAGAUAGAAGCGAAAAUGCGGAAAAGGAGUUGGAUAAACUAAGAAAAGAAAAAACUGAGAUAGAGAGCCGGAUUUCAGGGCUCGAAAAAGACUGGCUAAAAGAAAGGGAGAAAGCAAAAUCUACAAAAGAAAGCUUAGAGAAACAAUUCGAGAUUCUGAAAAGGCAGUCUGCAUCACCAGAUCCCUCGGCAUCGAAAGUUCGAGAAUUAAGCCAGAAGAAUGAUGAAUUAUUGUCUAAAUUGGAAGAAGAAUCCAAAAAGUAUCAGAAACUUGCUUCCAAGAAUAAAACACUUGAAGAGGACUAUGUUCUACAGAAAGCGCAGAUAGAGACGGACAAAGAAAAACUUCAGGAACUAGAAAUUCUAAGAAAAAAACUUACGCAAGCGGAUAACAUCGAGGCACGAUUGGUGAAGGAAAACACAAACCUCAGCCGCAAGCUAGUGGAAAACCAGAAGAGAAUUGCUGAGCUCGAAACUAAUAUCGAGAAUCGCAGUGCUGGUUACGAGAUUGAGAAAAAUCGCCUUAAAAAUGCACUGGAGGACAAACAGCGAGAGUAUGAACAGUUAAUCAACGAGAAUGAAAUGAAUGGAUAUCAAGUAUCACAAAUGAGAAAAGACAACGAUGAUCUUAGAAGCAAAUUGGAUGACUAUGAGAGAAUCGACAAAGCGCAGCGAACACUAAGUGAACAUAAUUCUCAGCUGGAACAGGAACUGAAAAAACUACAAAUUCAGCUGGAAAUGGCAGAAAUGAACGUAAAAUCUGAGGUGGCUGCAACACGUCUGCGUUACGAGCAGCAAGUAACCAAUUUGCAUAACGAGCUCACUGGCCUACAGCGUCAGUGUGAACGUUUCAAACGUGACCGAGACACAUUUAAACAGCUGGUGGAGGCAGCCCAGAAGCAAAUCGGAGACAUGAAGGCGAACCGGCGCAGUUUAGCUUCGGUAACCAGUAGCAGUGAUGACGAUGACAAGUCUAAGAUUGUAGCGCUUGAGCAACAAAUUGGUUGCUUGGAAGAUGAGCUCAGUGAAGCUCGUCUGGAGGCUAGCAAAGUGCGAACCGAACUGAUUUCAGAACUUAGUGCUUCCGAGAUCAAAAUAUCUGAGAUGCAGUCCAAAAUCAACGAACUUGAAGAAGAGAAGAUCAUCAGUGGUGGAAAGAGUAAAGUACCAGGAACGAAGACGAGACUAGAGCUUUCUUGGCAAAAAGAACGGGAAGACUUACAGCGAUUGGUACAAGAAACUUCGACACUGGCCAGAGAUUUACGGCAAACAUUGUUCGAAGUAGAGCGAGAACGGGACAAAGAGAAGCUUGAAUCGCGCCGUAAGAUAGAUCAAAUUAAAAAGACAACCGAAGAGGAAAUUGAGGAGGGUAGAAGGAAAGUUACUGAGCUUCAGAGUGACCUACUGGAACUGAGAGAUGCCCAUGCAAAACUGAGAACAGCCAACGAGAAGCUAAGACGUGAUCGCGAACGUUACGAGCGAGAACGCGAAGGUGUCACUAGACGUCGACUUGAAGUUGAAGGUGAACGAAGAAUAGGAGCUGUGCUCCAAACUGUAGACGAGCUGCUCAGAAUGGCUCCAGAAGUACAGAAGACUGCAACAAAACAAGAAACUAGCGUAACCACUACAAGCACGGGAAAGACCAUCAAUACAAACGCACCCAUUCCAACACCUCCAAUGCGGCACAAGAGUCCUUCACCUGGACCAGGGGGUGCAGCACCGCAGCCCAAAUCGAUAACGUCAGUAUUAGCCAGGCUAGUCGAAGCGUCGGAGGAUCUGAGGCGCUACCAAAGAAUGUGCGACGAGGAAAAAGACAGAGAACGAAUGAAACGUGGUGGUAUGAGGCGGGCUGCUUCCCAGGAGAACGAAUCCGCAGAGGGUCACGCUGGUAGACCGGUUAUGAGAAGCUUGUAUAAGAAGAGUUUAUCAUUGGAUCAAUCCUUGCAAAAUGAACAGCAAGGACUUAUAUGGAAGGAGGGUGAUGAUAGCAUGUCUUCGCUGCAAUCGCUUGACUCAGAGUAUGGAUCACUGAUCCAUAGGGAUUCUAGCUUGGACUCACGAUUAUCGGGUGGUUCUACCCAGAGCGAUAUGCCAAGAAUGAGGAAGAAGAAACGUGGCCUAAUGGGAAAAUUACGCAGCCUGAGCUUAACUAGGAACAAAGGUAGUGAAAGUGAUUUUUCGAUUCAAGGCUCUGAUUCGGAUCUAAGCAUUGCGGGUGAUAUUCGUUCCAGCAAGAGUAAUCUGAAAGGAAAAUUGUCAGGUAUGUUCCGACGUGCCGGAUCAUCUUCUCGAGCAGAUAGCAACGACUCGCUAGACCGGGAAAUGCAACGACCCGUGGCAAUACAGACACUUGGAAAUGGGCCAGCUGCUCUGUUGCAUCCACCAGUACCUCGUCCAGUUUCCACAAGUACACCGCAUUUAGCCAGACAGGCCGGAAAACCCCCCACCCCAUCAAUGGUACCAGCGCAAAGGAGAAGGGUGGCCAUAGGACAAUCACCGCAGCAAGGAGCAGCUAAUUCCAGCUCGCUACCGAAAUAAACAUCAGAUACCGUCACUCCGGUGAAAAUCGCGUCCAAAUAGAAGAAACCGAAUUUAACGUUUUUUGAAUCUACUGCACCAUUCUUGUUUUAGUUGUUAUAAAUUGUUGAAAAUGCAAUAUAAUAAACUUAAAGGAAAAGUAUACGAACGCUUA